AUGUAUCACGUCGAAGUGCUUCCCAAUUCAUCCACCCAUCUCACUCCGGGGUGGACCUAUGUCCCCGAUCGAGGCUUCGACCCAGCCAAAGCAGCCAUCACGCCCGCCAUCGGAAGAAAACGCGGAAUCCGCGACCCCGGGCGCACCGAUCUCUCGUCCCGACAGACUAAUGCCAUUGUUCGACAUCUAGCUGAACUAGAUCGUGAGAAUCACAGAGAUGUUCACAUCCCUAUACCUACCAAACAAAAGGAUACUGCCGGGAGAGGAACAAGAGGAAAAGUCACCUCCAAUGUCCGGCGUAUUUUACAAUCUCAAAAGACGUUCCGGAAUUACCUGGACGAUGAAGAAGCUGCACUGGCGCAGGCUACACAGACUAUGAACCCCCCGUCACGUCCGUUUCUUCAUAAAGUCUCGAAACCUUCCUCGUUAAGACGCAGUUCCACACCCGCCACUACUACUACUACUACCACUACUACUACCACGCCGAAACCUGAGACUGCGCGCCCGAAGAAACAAUCGUCCACUCGGUUUUCGUCGGCGCGGACUUCAACCACCCCCGCCGUGGCAGCGACCACGGGGCCUCAGGACACAGGGAAGAAAAAGGAUGGGUCUCGUACCCCGGCCGAUACCGAACCCGACCAAGAAACCGAACCAGAAACCGAACCAGAAGAUACCGACCGUCUCAUCAAAUCCGAACAUGAUAAUGACCCUCUGCUUCGAUCAUAUGUCCCCUCUGUGCCGUCGGAACGUAUCAUGCAAGCGCUUCUGGCGGAGCCGCCGCUGUCGUAUAAUGCGUCGCGGGCUAGUCUUCCUCUUAUAGUGAAGGCGCCGCGGUAUUUUUGCUUGUUAUAA